AGCAGUUCAGUCUAAUCCUCCCUAGUGCUGGAGGAUUGCGUUUGUUUUCGCUCUGGAUGCGCGUUCAUUUUGGCAAGGAAAUGUGCUGAUUUUGCAAGGAGAUGGAGAAUAAAGAGUUCAAGAGGUCAGAGGUCAGUGGGAAUGACCUCACCCUCAUAGACCUGGAUGACCCCAUCAAUGAAGCUGAUGUUAUGAAGGAAGUCAGAUCCCAUAAAGAUCACAGAGAGGCUGAGAGACUAACCAAGUUGGACGAGGCUGUUCUAGAGACAGAUACCCCAACUCAGUCACAGGAGGUUGAAGGAGAGAGUGAGUUGGACGAAGCUGUUGCCAUCCCAUCUCAGUCACAGGAGGAUGCAGUGGUGACAUUCACUACCGUGACCCACAAGGAUGAAACUUCCCAGACCAGCCUCACCCUCAGCAGGGGAAAGAGAAGCUACCCAGACCUACACACCUUUGUGCAGGACAUGAAGGACGACCAUUGGAAUCUGCUGAGUGAGAAUAUGCGUGCCGGGAUGAGCAGACAUGAGUUUAGUGCCAAGUGCAUGGAUAUUGUAGCAUGGGUGAUGGAGUCUACAUCCACUGUGGUUGUUCCCGCCCUUGACCUCACCAUGCAGAUAGAGCUCUCUGAUUCGCCAAGCUCUUCUGGAUCAGGAAGUAAUGAGGCAGGAGAGGUGACCUCUCUUGGCCGCAGCGUCAGAUUCAGCUGUAGUGGAGGAGCCAGCAGGUGCACCAGCGCCAGAACUGCCUACAGCACACGCAUUCCCACGCCUUUCCCCUCCUCUCACAGGUCCAUGACCUCUUUGCUAAGUGAGAACGAAGAGCGAUAUGUCUCCUCACCUGAGGGUGGCGAUAGAGAGAUGAGACACAGACCACACUCAGCACCACUGAGAUCUGUGUUUGGCAUCUCUGAGGACUCUGUCUUCGACAUGGUCCAGAGCGGCCAGUCGCAGGGUGACAUCGUACCGCCGCCCAAACGGAGGCCCGUCGGCCAUUUUGGAGGAGGCUGCUGUGAUAAAGCACCCAGAGAUGUCCACCUCGACAAUAUACAGAUCUCUGCUUCUCGACUCAUCUCUCGCCUCCUCUAA